AUGUCCUGUUUUUAUGAUGGGUUGAACCCCGUCAGGGUGGCCGCCCCGAACUUUGUGGGCCUCAGGCCGACGAAACCACGCAGCGUUGCGCUACAAGCAGAACCUAAGCCUGCUUUCAAAGGUGACAAGCCUACCCAUCCCAUCUUGGACAGCGGCUGCAACGAUCUGAUGCAGGCAGCCUACAAGGGAGACACGAAGAAGGCGCAGAUUCCCACAACUUCAAAGCCCAAGCUCUCCUUGCUAACGCAGCUACGCAUAGCUGCGCAACAUCUUUGGCCUCCGGAGGUUAAGGAGCUUGUGGAGAAGGGCGCAGAUGUCAAUGCACAGGAUGCCUACGGCUGGACAGCAGCAAGUGACCCAGAGCCCAGAAUCAGUUCAUCUUGCCAGGUUGCAGGCACUUGCGGGCACUUGCAGGCUGAAGCUGAUUUGUUUCUGAUCAGGCAACUGGACAGUGUCCAAGCUCUUCUGGACCUGGGCGCUGAUGUCAACAUUGCGUCGAAAACCGGCAGAACACCUCUGAUGUCAGCCGCUGGCAACGGCUUGGAGGAAGUGUGCAAGCUGCUCGUGGAGCAGGGCGACGCAGAUAUUAUGGCCGCAGAUGAGGGUGGCAAGACUGCCUACGACCUGGCUCUGAGGACGGGCCCCCUGGGCAGCGACUUCAUCCGUGACCUCGUUGCAGGCGGGCAAACGCCUGGUGCCGGUGAGGAAGGCUGGAAGAGGAACCCAGGCACCUUUGCCAACCAAUCCUGCGUCGUCAGCUUUGAAGGGACGGCGCAGACAGGUGCCUACAUUCAGCUUGGAGAUCUGGAGGCAGCUCUUAGUGCUGCCUCGGAUGCUCAGGAGCUCUUCAGAGAGGUCGGUGACCAGCGAGCAGAGGCAAAGGGACUACUCGGCAGCAAGGCUGGCGGCCGACACGGCCCUCACCUCAUCACAGUCUCGCCUCUCACGGCCAGGGCCCUCCUGCGACAGACGACCGAGCUGGGUCGUGAGGCGGGAAGCCUAGAGCUGGCAGCCGGUGCUGAGCCGGGAGGUGGCAAGGCGGCCCGCAGCUUCUUCGAAGGGCGGGGUCGCAACAAGGUCCUGACAACUUCGAAGGAGGCCGUUGCCAUGACAAAGAGGCUCAGCAGUGACCACAUGGUGCUUCUCUCGCGUUUGGCAGAGGCCAGGGCUAAAGUCUCCAAUGGGCUCCUCGACGAAGCCGCUGAGGACCUCCAGGAGGUGCAGCCUGUGCUGCAACAGCUUGGAGACCAUAGGGCCGCUGGAGCGGCAAAGCUUCUGCAAGCCAACAUCUCCAUUCUCCGCGGUGCUCCGGAUGUGACGGCAGCGCAGGAGGCGUUGGAGUGCUUCCGGACGGCGAAUAGCACCCACGAGGUUGCACUUGCACAGGCCUUGAUAGCCAAGCUCAGCAGGGUUGCCUCGCAGGUGCCCAAGCCGGUGGUCAGCUUGGCAAAGACCUCCCAGCCGGAAUCGACUGCAGCAGCUGCAGCUGUAGCGCCGAAACCAGCAGCCAUAGACAAGAUGUCCCUGGCGCUCCCAGAACGUGUCAAGUACACGCUCACGGAGCUUGUUGCUGAAGCAAUUGGCCAAGAAGGCAUGGAGGAGGACCGGACCUUGAUGGAGACGGGCAUGACUAGUAUUGCCAGCAUCAUGCUCCGAGACAAGAUACAGGCGGAGUUUCCCGAAAUUCCAGAGAUGGAUCUCACCUUUGUCUUUGACUACCCGACGAUCCGUGAGAUGACCGGCUUUGUCCUGACCCAGCUCCCAAGCGACGCCUAG